CUUUUUAGAAACCCCUCGUCGUCUUCGAAGCAGAGCCCCUCUACAGACUCCCCACCCCCUUCCCUCUAUCUGCCCUCUUUAAUGGUGGAUUUUUUAGGGUUAGGGUUUCCCCUUCCCAUCAAUUUCGCGCUCUUUUCCCGCCCCUCCCUCUCUCUUUUGAUCUCUCUACAUGCAUCCUUUUGUUUCUAGUCCCAAAAUCGAAGGCCGAUCAAGCCAUUGCUCGCCGGGAUCGAGCUACGUGAAUGCUUCUGAGUUCUCUUCCUUCAGGCCCGAGGUUUUCUCUAGUUUUUGAUGGAUUCGAAGGAGGGGAGCAGGCCCUUGAGGACGAGUGAUCGGCUGAGGCAAAGGAGGAAGCUUUAUGGGCGGUCCUUUUACUAUUAUAACCCUGGGAUUCGCAAGAAGAGCAAGAGUAAGAAGAGGACUGCGGCUUCUCAGAUUGUUAAGCAAUUGAAGAUGCGAGGGGUCCGGCUGCCGAAUGAUUCUGUUGCAGCAAAUCUUCGCCGUUCAACAAGAAAAAGGAAGAUUUCUAUACAUCUUGAUGAUUACGAGACAGACAGUUCGAGAUCAGAUGACGAUCUAAUGGCACCAAGGUUUCGUUCCUCUAAAAGCAAGGCGGAAAACAAUGCCAAUCAUGAUGAAGUUUCUACCUACACAAGGAAUAGAAAGGUACAGAGUAAUAAAUACCUUCCACGUCGUGAAGGAUUACGACCUCGAAAAGCAGACAGAGGGCCAAGAAUACAGCCAUAUCAAGAAUCAGAAGAUGAACAUGAAAGCUCUGAACCUCAGGCCGAGCAAGAUGAUACAGAAAAUGGAAAUGCCCUUGAGGAGGAUGGAGAAGAUGAAGCAGAGGGUGAAGGAGGGGAGGAUGUAGAUGAAGAUGAGGAUGAUGACGAUGGGGAAGAGCAAGGGCGCAAGCGAUAUGACCUUCGAAAUCGUGCAGAUGUACGCAGAUUAUCUCCUGAGAAAGAUGGGAAACAGAGACCACGGUCGCCGCGUAGAGUACUGCAUCAUGGAAUGGGUUCCAGAAAUGGUAAGGAUAUGAGGAAGGGUGGUUCUCGAGUUCAUAAGCGACCUCGGUUGUCGAGAGCUGAUGAUUCUGACGAUUCUCUUCUUGUGGAUGAGUUGGAUGAUGGCCCAGUGAUUCCAUGGAUGCGUGGUGGAAGAAAUGGAGCACCAAUGCUUUUCGGGGGAAUGGACAUGCAUGGCACAACAGCAUGGGGAUUAAAUGCUGCUGCCUCUGGAUGGGGUCAUCAGGCUGACGUUUUUGCUUCUCUUACGACUGGUGCACAAACUGCUGGGCCCAGUUCAAAGGGGGGAGCAGACAUUCAGCCAUUACAAGUUGAUGAAAGUGUGAGCUUUGAUGACAUUGGAGGUCUAUCUGAGUACAUUGAUGCCUUGAAGGAAAUGGUGUUUUUUCCACUGUUAUACCCUGAUUUCUUUGCAAAGUACCACAUAACACCCCCCCGGGGAGUUUUGCUGUGCGGUCCUCCAGGAACAGGUAAAACAUUAAUUGCUAGAGCAUUAGCUUGUGCUGCUUCAAAGGCUGGUCAAAAGGUCAGCUUUUACAUGCGCAAGGGAGCUGAUGUUCUUAGCAAAUGGGUGGGGGAGGCGGAAAGACAGCUUAAAAUGCUCUUCGAAGAAGCUCAAAAGAAUCAGCCAUCCAUUAUUUUCUUUGACGAAAUUGAUGGGCUUGCUCCUGUUAGAUCUAGCAAACAGGAGCAGAUUCAUAAUUCUAUAGUUUCAACGUUGCUUGCUUUGAUGGACGGUCUUGAUUCUCGUGGUCAGGUUGUUUUAAUUGGGGCAACAAAUAGGAUUGAUGCUAUAGAUGGAGCUCUACGCCGUCCUGGAAGGUUUGAUCGUGAGUUCAACUUCCCUUUACCUGGUUGUGAGGCUCGUGCGGAAAUAUUAGACAUUCAUACACGCAAAUGGAAGGAACCUCCAUCAAAAGCUUUAAAGAUGGAGCUUGCAGCCAGUUGUGUAGGAUACUGUGGAGCUGAUCUGAAAGCUUUGUGCACAGAAGCUGCCAUUCGUGCUUUCCGUGAGAAGUAUCCUCAAGUAUAUACUAGUGAUGACAAGUUUGUCAUAGAUGUUGAUUCCGUGAAGGUUGAAAAAUAUCAUUUUCUAGAAGCAAUGACUACAAUUACUCCUGCGGCUCAUAGGGGUUCCAUCGUUCAGUCCAGACCCCUAUCUUCAGUUGUUGCUCCAUGUUUAGAUAGACACCUUAGAACAAUCAUGGAACUGUUAUCUGACAUUUUCCCAUCCCUAUCAAAUUCAGAUAUGAGCAAGUUGUCUAUAUUCUCCUACGGUUCUGCACUCCCUCUAGUGUAUAGACCUCGGCUUUUGAUUUGUGGUGAUGAAAGUGUUGGGCUGGACCAUAUUGGACCUUCUGUCUUGCAUGAGUUGGAGAAAUUUCCUGUUCAUUCUCUUGGACUUCCUUCUCUUCUUUCUGAUCCAAGUGCAAAGACUCCUGAGGAAGCUUUGGUACACAUAUUUGGUGAAGCAAGAAGAACAACUCCUUCAAUACUCUAUCUGCCUCAGUUUCAGCUCUGGUGGGAGACGGCACAUGAACAGCUUAAGGCUGUCUUGAUGACUCUCUUGGAAGAAUUGCCAUCUAAUCUUCCCAUUUUAUUAUUAGGAACAUCAUCACUGCCAUUGGCCAACCUAGAUGAAGAUUCUACUUCAAUAUUUGCAGCAAAUAAUGUGUAUACAGUGGAUAAACCAACCAUGGAUGACAGGUCCAAAUUUAUUGAGCAGUUGGUCGAAGCUAUCUUCUCCAUCCAGCAGGAAGAAUCAGCAAAUACACCUGAAGAAUCAAGACCACUUCCAGAGCUGCCCAAAGCACCAAAAGAAGUGAGUGGUCCCAAAGCUUCAGAGUUGAAGGCCAAGGCAGAGGCUGAACAGCAUGCUCUUCGCCGUUUACGGAUGUGUCUCCGGGAUGUCUGCAACCGGAUUUUGUAUGAUAAACGGUUCAGCGUGUUUCAUUACCCAGUCUCGGAUGAGGAUGCACCAAAUUACCAUUCCGUUGUUCAGAAUCCCAUGGAUAUGGCUACUUUGUUGCAACGUGUGGACUGUGGGCAAUAUCUCACACGUGUAACAUUCAUGCAAGACUUUGACCUGAUUGUGGCCAAUGCUAAGGCAUACAAUGGAGAUGAUUACAAUGGUUCUAGGAUUGUGAGCAGAGCUUAUGAGCUUCGUGAUGUGGUACAAGGUAUGUUAUCUCAGAUGGACCCAGCAUUGGUCUCAUUUUGUGACAAGAUUGCAGCACAAGGGGGCCCUGUUCAUGUAGCUGAUGAUAUGGAGGGCUUGUGCCUUCCAUCACUACCUGUUGUUCAGCUGGCUUCUGUAACUAGAACCAGCGCCCGGCUGCGCAAUGUUCAGCCAGAGAUAAAUUUAUCACAGAGUUACGAAGCAUUGAAGCGGGCAAAGAAAAACUCAGAGAGUGAGCAACUAGGUUUGGCCAAUGAAGAAAAAUUGCGAGCUCUUUCUGAACCAGAGUCAUCAAAGCCGAGCUCUUCACAUGCAUCACCACCCCAAGAACCAGAUGCAAAUGUUAUCUCAAAAAGAUUGGAGAACUCACCUGUUAACGAAAUUCCAGAGUCCUCGAGCUUAAUAGAUGACCCAUCCUCUCAAGAAAUCAGCCAAGAUACAGUGAUGAUUGAUGCUGACUUCUGUGAGCAGGUCAGAACCCUGAAGCAACGCCUAAUAGAGCGCACCAAUGAUUAUGGCGUGCCGCAGCUGGAGAGACUCUACUCUCGGUUGUUGAAAGGUGUGAUGACCAUGAAAAAUAGAGAAGGCCACAAGAAUCAUAAAACGUUGAUUUUGAGUCAUCUUUUAAAAUUUGUUGAGGAUGAUGAUAAUUUUUAAGUUAAAAAAUUUUCCGUUACAAUUUUCCCCGUCAAUUUUUAUUGGCCUUGUACAUCUGACAUGCAAAAUGCUUUUAUUCCAUGUUAUAUGAUGUAAGGGCUCCUUACCCAGUUUGGGCAAUCAUUAUUUCACUCUUUUUUGAGGUGAUGCAGCAUAUUAUGUUCUUA